AACCAAAACCCACACACAGACACACACGACAAACCCCUCUGCGAAGAAAUGAAAAGAAUUACUUCUUUUAUACCCACAACUUUGGCAACAUUGGAGAAGCAUGUAAUCCCAACAUCUUCACCCGUACGAAUCAGUAAGCAAAAACCCAUUAAACGCACAAUCAUUCGUAAGCACAAACACAAGAAACACACCACAAAAGAUUUGUUCAUGAAUCAAGUUGUCUCCUACCUUAUUUCUGAUUCUUAUAUGUAUAACCCUUUGGUUUCUCCUCAACCCACCUUUGAUUUGCUUCCACCAAAACAGCUCUACUCCACUUUCGCAGGAGGCUAUGGAGAUGUGGCUCUACCAAUUAGGGGGAGGAACAAGAAAUUGAUUGAAAAAGUUGUUGACUUUCUUGAAGCCGACUGCUAUUUGUAUUCUCCUUUGCUUACUAAUGAGCAUGUUUGUUCCAAGAGUCUUCCAGCAAAUCCAAGUUCAGGACAUUUCAAGACUCUCGGGGGAAGUGAAAAAAGCACAGAAACACAGGGAAGACCUGUGGUUACUGGAACUGUAGCUUAUCGUGAAACAAUGAAGCACAUGUUUCGCCAGAAUUAUGGCACUAAACCCAUCCGAGGUCCUUCAUUAUGGUUAUUUACUACUGAUAUAUAGGGGCAAUGCUUGAAACUGAGACAAAGAGCUCUGUGGAAUAAAUAUUGACAACUUUCUGGAGAGAAUAUACAUGUGUGUGGUCUUUCAUGCAUAUCUGUAAGGCGACUAGAAUGCUGUUCUUAUAGUCAUCAUGUUCUAGUCUGUUCUUAUAGUCAUCAUGUUGUAAUGUGGAUAGAUUUGAAUGGUUAACGGUUUAACUGGUUUUAUCUAAUGUUCAUUUUAAUGAGGACAAACUACAAAGUCUAGGUUGUAACCAAGUGACUGAAAUGGUUCUUUGUAUUAGAUUAUGUUACAGUAUAAGUCGUUAAGUCAUUAGAGUUUGUUUAGCCUUAAGGGCAUUUUAGUCUUUUCCAUUAUAAGUCGUUAAGUCGUUAGAGUUUGUUUAGCCUUAAGGGCAUUUUAGUCUUUUCUAUGAAAUCUUCUGUUACAAGUAGUUAUAGACAGUUAUAUAUUCAUGUAUAGUUUUCAGUUGUAACUUAAGCAUUCAGAUAAUAAGAAUCAAAUACAAUUUUCUCUUUCAA